AUGUUUGCGUGGCUCUCGCUUGGGUGGAUAGUUGUCGCUUGGUGCAGAUGCCUCCGGCGUUCGCGCGACUUCGGCGCCUUCGUGGCUCCGGGGAAUCCCUUUGUCCACAAUGGCGCCAUUACGGCGCGUAUGACCCACGCUGUGGGUGCUAAUUCGGCUGGUAAGGUCGCGCUCUACACUGUACGUGGCGGUCAGUGCUUCCUGCCGAGGGAGCAACAGGAGCAGCGGCAACUUCAGGACGAGUGGCUGUCGUUGUCUAAGGCUUUUGGAUUCGCGGAAUAUUCGUUGGGAGUGCUUGCGCAUUCCGAGCUGUUCACCGGCGCUGCCGGCGGAGUCACCACCGACGAGCAUCGCAACGAGCUCUACGAGUUCACCGACCGUAAGGGACGGCGGCUGGCGCUGCGGGGUGACGUUACUCCGCAGUUCAUGGCGAUGUUGCGAGACGAGGGGGAAGCUUCAGGCGUUGAUUCGCCGUGCGGUGCUGUUGCCCCCAGCCAACUGUCGAAGUGGUUCACCCUCGCCGACUGCUGGCGAUACGAGCGACCGGGCCACUGCCGACGUCGUAACCACCUGCAGUGGACAUGCGAUAUUGUCGGGGUAGCUGGUCCAGAGGCUGAGAUCGAGCUUUUGACAAUGCUCAUUACAUUCUUCCGCAAGGUUGGUCUGACGAGCAAGGACGUGGCUAUACACCUGAGCCACCGCGACAUUGUACCGGCUAUGCUGGACGUUCUGGGAAAGCAUUCGUCGGAUAGCCAGUGGCUGCACGAGUUCCGCAAGGUGCUGGACAAAUAUCGCAAGGUAUCGCAAUCGGAGUUUGAAAAUAUGCUGUCAUUGUUGGGGUUCACUACGGCAGAAACUGCGGCGCUGCUUGGCCUCAUUGCCAAUUGCCGUACCCUGUCUAGCAUAGAGGAGGUAUUCCCCGCCGAUGCAGCAUUUGUCAAAGUGUUACGAAGCAUAGUAGAAGGGUUAGAGCGUGCCAAUUGUGCCGAUUGGAUUACGUUUGACCCGAGUAUUGUGCGCGGGAGCGACUAUUACACGGGGACCGCGUUCGAGUGCUUCGACCGCUCUCAACCUCAGAGCCGUGCACUGGCCGGAGGCGGUCGUUACGACAAUUGCUUGCCAGAUCUGCGUGGAGAUGAACGACAACUGUCGCAUGCCGUGGGUUUCGGCAUGGGCAAUGUGGCCAUUGCAGAGCUACUACGUUCUCGCAGAGGUUAUUUCUCGCCAUGGAGCCUUGCUGACGUGGUUGUAUUCACCUCCCCUCCCGGUGCCGGGCAGGCUACGUCAAGCGGCAGCGAUUUGCAGCGCGUGCAUGACGUGAUUGCCGGACUACGCCAGAGCGGCCUAAGGGUGUACCACUACUACAAGUCCAGCAAGUGGAAUAAGGGGUUGGAUUUUGCCGAUCGAGUUGGGGCCUCAAUAUUCGUCCAUCCAGACGUGAGUGCCAGUGGUAUGUCAUACCAGGUGCACCGCCUUGCCGACAAGACCAAGGUGAACCUAGAUGCUGGCGAUUUAGGGCGUGUAAUUGAGCACAUAAGGGACCAAAUUUCGGGGGUGUCUUGA